UCAAAUAAUACGACGAAGUAUUUUGAAUUUUCAAAGUUUUUAUAAUUUGAAUUAAUUAAUAUAAAAGAAAUAUCUAAUCUAUAAAUAUAUAUGAAGUAAUUAAGCAACAACAUGAAUCAGUUUCCUUUAAAAGAACUAAAACGUCGGCUCUCCGACGAUGCCAUACCUCUGCCAAAGCGUAUCAGGCUAGCAAGAAAUGUUCUCCAAUCACAUCACUUCCCCACCGUACCUCAGGAACGUGUGGUAGCAGAAUGGGUGAAUGACUUGAUACACGGUGAUAAGAUCACUAGUAGAGGGCUGAAAGAUAUACUUGAUUGGUUAAAUGGAGAUACUGAUUUCACUAAUGAGCUGAAGUAUAAAAUAAUCAAGGUUGUGACCCGAUAUCUUCAUAGCAGCACAUUACAUGACAAAGACAUAGGCAACAUUAUAUUGUUUUUAACAAACAAGAAAACUGCCCCACAGUUAAACUGUCUACCAGAUGAAUUCCUGUUUAUAACCAAAACUCUAUUAAAAACUUUACACCCCAUUUAUAGUGAAAAUAUCCAGAAAAUUCAAACUAUUUUGAAUAACAUAAUAGACUAUUAUAAGGGAUCAAAAAAGAAAGUGGAAUUUAUUGGAAAAUUUAUGUUUGGUGAAUGCAUAGAACAAAUUAUCAGCUACCUUAAAACGGAAUGCCACAGCGCUGUUAUAAAUGUAUGUCAAAAUAUACUCUUUCCGUUAACUAAGAAGCAGACCUUUGCACAUUUCUUCAAUCAUAUGAUCAAAACUGACAAUGUAGAUGAAAUAUCAUCAGACAAAAGUGAAAAUAUGCAAAUCGUUGUCACAAUCAUGCGUGGAUUCUUCACAUUUCCAAAUGGUAGAGUACAAAAAGACCCUAAAUUUUUAAACUGUUUUAUUAACAUAUUCGUAUCGUGUUUUCGGAACGAAAGCCGUAUAAUUUUUGCGUUCUAUAUAAUGGCUGCAAGCGUUUUGAACAUGCCACAAAACUAUUUAAUCCCAGCUAUGAAAAUGCCACCAAUAAUGUUCGUAGAGAACGACGAUAAAAUAAAACGCACUAUUUUCUUGAAUAUGCUUGAAGUUUUAUUAAAAAAUGAAGUUGAUAUUACUGUACGUUUGACUGACACGAUAGGUGAAAAGAUUUCUAAAGUAGAAAUCAAAAAGACGUUCAUGUCCUUCCUACAAACUUUAAUGCUAGGACAGUUAAAAUUAGAAGGAAAGAUGGAUAAAACUACGCUAAAAAUAAUUACAACAGCAAUCAAAUUAGAUCCGAGUUUGGUAGAACAAAAAAUGGAUCAAAUUCUUCCACACAUUAUGACAGCGACGAAAAAUAAUGCUGAUUUCUUAAACUCAUAUAUAGAAAUGAUGAAUUGUUUACUGGAAACUUUGUUCAAAUUGAGCCACGGUACAGAUUUUCUUAAUCAAAUGAUACCACAUCUUAAAUUAAGCUUAGAAGCUAGUAAUAUUGAACAGUUUGAGUUAAAACAGAAACUGAAAGAAGCUACAAAUAAUAUUACCGAGUAUUUUGACGAGAUUAAAGUGGAAACGAUUAAAGCGAAAAUAAUUACGGGAAAAGAUAUUUUCCCUCCAGAAUGUGUUGAAAUGUAUGGCAAGUUGACUUCGGAAUUGUUAUUCAGACAGAGUAAAGAUCUGUUGGUGAGUUUACAAAAGGAUUUUGAAGAGAGCUGUCUAAUGAUGCUUGAAGAAGGAUUCGUUAGUCCAUCAAUAAUAACGCUAGCGGAAACUCUGGCCGCCAUCUUGUCGAGUGUCCUACGUCACAGCAAGAUGGCCGACCACACAGUCCCACAGAAUAUAGCCGAGGAGUUCUGGGCGGCUUUCCAAAACUUUGAAGACCAGUGUUUGAAUAAAUUUGGAGAGUGCAUUCUGAAGUUGAAUUAUAAUCCAGUGCUAGUUCUGGCCUUUUUGAAACUUAAUUUGAGCUUUUCCCACUUGAAACUAUUGAAUCUUAAGUAUAGCAACACUAAACUAAAGAUUGUGGAUAACAAUUUACUCCCAUUUCUGUGCAAAGAGAAAUGGAUUUCUUUUGCGUCGAAGAUACAAGAAGAAGAAGCGAAUUUGAUAUGGAUCCAAAUACUUCUGACAAAAACAAUGACAAUCGAAUUGCUAUCAACUGAUAACACUGACGAACAUACAUCCAACUUACUAUCCGAGACAAAGACAAAUAUAAUCAAACAAAUCUCAGACCACCCUCAAAUACUUGCGUACGAUAACUACAUAACUAGCAACUUAUUCAGAAAUCUGGAUAGAAAUCAAUCGAAACAACUAUCAAAACUAUUACUAAAAUCUGGCACACAUGAUCCGGAUAUGAAAAUAUUUAAUACCAACGCAAUAACUGGUAAUAAAGUAAUAUUACAAACAAUACUAUUAAAAGUUACUAAAAAUAUAUGCGAUUGUAUUGAAAAUACUAGUGUUUUAUCCAAAGCACUUAGCAAAACCAAUUUUGAUGUUACUUCUUUCACAAAAGAAGUCAAUAUCAAAGAAUAUUUCUAUAAUACAUUGAUACAAAAUCAAGAUGUAAUAGAGAACUUGAUUGAAGUUUUGAAACAAUUACAAAUACACUACAUGGAAGAAAACUAUCAAUUGACGGCCAUCUUUGUUUUGCUAAUAACAAAGAAGUGUUGCCAGACUAAAAAAUUGAGAAAAAAAAUAGAUUAUAUAUUGCAGAGUAUUUACGAAUUGAGUCCUAAAUAUCCAGAUUUGUACAAAAUAUUCUCAGUCGAUUUUAUAUUCGAUUUUGAUAACAAUACUUUGAUCGAUUUAUUGAAGUUGACUAAUAAAACGCCUAACAAUACACUUGUACUGAAAAGUGUCUUAGAAACAGCAGUGAAGAAAGUGAAAACUGACUCAGAAAUCGUAAAAAACAUCGUCGAAAUUCUAUUAACCAAUCAUAAAAGUAAGGGUACACUGUCUAGUAUUGAAUACUUUAAAGAACCAGUUUUUCAAAUCAUUUGUAUAAUACUACCUUUAAUAGCUAGAGAGAAAAAAGCUAUAACGACAAGUGCGUACAGAUCGAUCCUAGCAAAUUUACAAGAAAAACUAAAUAAAGCAAUGCUAGAUUCGUUUAAAAAUAUCGAUUUCAGUAAAAACAGUAGCUUUUUAGUCGAUGAGGCGGGCAGCACUGAUGAUAGUGUGGUAGUUUCGGAGAAUACAGUGGCAACACUGAACGCAAUGGGCGCUUAUACGUUGACACUGUUGAAAUAUUGCGAAUCAAAUGAUGGACUAGAAUUGAAGAAUAUGGAAUGUGUCUUACUUGGGUUGGAACUCUUCGUACAAAGAGCUAUACAAGCAAUAGAAAAUCCAUCAUCAAAGAACCAGCAUAUAGAAAUAUCAAUACACUUAAUCAAUGUCACAUUAAGAUACAUAAAAAAACUGGAAGCACAUACAAUUUUUAAAGACAAAGAUAAACUAUUCCAUGAAAUUUGGCUUAGUAUUAAAAGUCGAUUGUUACUAAUAUUUAGUGAGGGGGGAAAGGGGAAAGUUAGCAGUGCCUGUUUUGAUGAAAUUGCUAUAGUGUUGAAGUUUUUAGCCGAAUUAUCUUCAGUUGAAUGUUUUAGUACGCAUUUUGUUGGUGAUCUCGCGAAUUUGGCUUUAUUGAAGAAACCGUCAAUAAUACUCAAAAAUACAGAAACGACAAAUCAACAAUUAACUGCCCGAAAAGUGUCCAAAUAUCUUUGGCAAAAUUGUCUUAAAGCGAACAUUAUAGAACUCAAAUGUGUUGCCAUGACGAAACUAAUUGCGAGAACUACCAGAAAUAUCAAAUUUUGGAUGCAGCAACACUACGACUGUGUGCAAAAUGGCGGGAAAAAAGAUAUUAAUCAAGAUGGCGACCAAGAAAUGCAAAUUGAAGAAAAUACAAGCAUCGGAAGAGAUGAAUCGUUAAAAAUUCUCAAAAUAGAUGACUCAAUCUGUGAGUUAUUAAGAUAUGACUUGGACAUACUGUCUGAAGUUAUUUUGGCGGCAAAAAAGAUUUCCCUGGACUACAAAUUCCUAGAUUCAAUAUUUGAAGUACAUCAUCUGAUGCACUACAUUCUCGGUCGUAAAACGAUAGAUAUAAAGUGUAAAAUCACUUGGCAAGGAUUCGUUAGCAUAUACGACGGCUGUGUUGCCAUAUUAAACAAUUUGCUACUAUCAAGGGAGGAAUUAUUGGAAGAUAGAUGGCCCUGUUACAUACAAUGUUACAAAGCAUUAGUCCUAUGCCUGUGCGAGAGAUCCACGUCGCUGAGUGAAACGGACAAAGCUGCGGAACUCAAGCUAGUUGAGAUUGCGCAUUCUAUUGAAAAAUUAACCCAAUCGAUAUGCAAGCGAAAAGCACACGUCUCCCGAAUUUCGGCGUACGCGGUCGCCGAUUUUUGCACCUGGUUGGAGAAUAACCCUCCGCCGAAAGUCGUCAGACAACACAUAGAAAACUCCAUAGCUUUGCUCAUACAAGUGUCGGAUUCGACCUACGCCAUGGCUUUCUUGAGGAGGGCUCUUGCGGGAUCGGUCGGACAAAUGACAAUGAUGAAUAUGUAUACUAUGUACAAAAGAUAUCAUAAAUAUGUUGGAAAUGCGUAAAAUAAUAAGACAUUAAACAUUUUUUAAUAUUUUAAAA